AUGAAUUUCUGUUUAGGGAAAAUAUAUUACAUGGAUCUCCACAAAUAUUAUAAAAUUCAUAAUCUAUAUAGUAAUUACAAUAAUUGUAUGUUUGAUAUUUCUAAAGAUCAUGAUAGAAUAACAUGUUCUAGUGCUAAAUCCUGCGCUGAGUCAUAUAAUUAUAUAAAGUUUGAAUAUAUAAAACAAGAUGAUACUAAAUUUUGCAAUAUAUUAAAUGAACUUAAGGAUAUUCUUGAUGCGAAUAUACUACAACUAACAAGUAAUUGUACAUCGAGUUUUUCGGAUUUACUUUCAUACCCUCAUCAUUGCAAUGAACUACUCAAGAAAAAAGAACAGGGUAAUUCAUUUAUGAAACACCCCAAUACUGAAUUAGAAUUACAAGGAGCACUAGUAUCAGAACAGGGAGUAAGAGUAUCUGCAGUAGGAGAACCAGUAGGAGGAACGGACACGGAAGAAAAAGCCAUCCCCGUAGGAACGAUUAUAGGUACAUCAUUAGGAUUCUUUAUACCUCUAGCAAUGCUAUAUAAGGAAAAAUUAUAUAAUACAUUAUCAUAUGAUGUUAUAAAAAAAAUAAAGAACAAUAUUUUCAAAUAUAAAUAUUUAUCCAAUUGUUAG